GCCGCGUUCGGGAGGCCGGGGCGCGCCAGGGCGGCGAGGACGCCUUUUGACAGGCCCGGAGAGCACGGCGAGCGGCUGGUGCGCGCCCCUGACCUGCGCCUAUGGAGGCUGCAGCGAGCGGCCCGGCCCUUGGGCGCCCGUGUCUCCGGCCUUGGUGCUGCGGGCGAGGCUUUCGCUACCACGGCCGCCUGCUUUCCCGCGCCCGGCGGGUCGCUGCGGGAGGCCGUCUGUGUCCCAAUACAGAAGCACCCGCCGUGGCUGUCCAACCCCGGCCCGUUCACACCUAGCUUGACGCCGGGCUGUCGAGUCCGGUGCAGCGGUGGAGAAUGAGGCCGGCCGGGGACGCUCUUCGCGGCUGCAGCCGGCCAAGCGCUUGGGAGCCACCCGCGGUGGCGGCGGCGGCGGCGGCGACCGAGGGCGAGCCCGGGGCCAAAGGUCGACGACACCUUGACCUUGAAGAUGGUGAGUAGCCAGCCAAAAUACGAUCUAAUAAGAGAGGUUGGUCAUGGCAGCUAUGGUGUGGUAUAUGAAGCAGUUGUAAGGAAAACCUCUGCGCGUGUUGCAGUGAAGAAAAUUCGAUGUCAUGCUCCAGAGAAUGUAGAAUUAGCCUUGCGUGAGUUCUGGGCACUUAGUAGUAUUAAAAGCCAACACCCAAAUGUAAUCCACUUGGAGGAAUGCAUAUUGCAAAAAGACGGCAUGGUUCAGAAGAUGUCCCAUGGUUCCAGUUCUUCACUUUAUUUACAGCUUGUAGAGACCUCCUUGAAAGGUGAAAUUGCCUUUGAUCCCAGAAGUGCCUACUAUCUUUGGUUUGUGAUGGAUUUUUGUGAUGGAGGUGAUAUGAAUGAAUACCUCCUAUCCCGAAAGCCCAGCCGUAAGACCAACACUAGUUUUAUGCUUCAGCUCAGCAGCGCCCUGGCUUUUCUGCACAAAAAUCAGAUCAUUCACCGUGACCUCAAGCCUGACAACAUCUUGAUCUCUCAAAGCAGGAUGGAUGCUAGUGACUUGGAACCUACUUUGAAAGUAGCAGACUUUGGCCUAAGCAAGGUUUGUUCAGCAUCAGGACAAAAUCCUGAAGAGCCUGUGAAUGUAAAUAAAUGUUUUCUGUCUACAGCUUGUGGCACAGACUUCUACAUGGCUCCUGAAGUUUGGGAAGGUCAUUACACUGCCAAAGCAGACAUUUUUGCAUUGGGGAUUAUAAUCUGGGCAAUGUUAGAAAGGAUCACUUUCAUAGACACAGAGACGAAGAAAGAACUCUUGGGCAGUUACGUGAAACAAGGGACUGAGAUUGUACCCGUUGGAGAGGCAUUGCUGGAAAAUCCAAAAAUGGAACUACUCAUACCUGUUAAGAAAAAGAAAAUGAACGCUUGCAUGAAACAGCUGAUUAAGGAAAUGCUUUCUGCUAACCCACAAGACCGGCCAGAUGCUUUUGAACUAGAACUCCGGUUAGUCAAAAUUGCUUUUAAAGACAGCAGUUGGGACACGUGACCUGUGAAGAAGUACUUUGCCUUUUUGGCAGGAAUGUGUAUAACAAUGGUGCAGCAUUUUAAAGAAGCAAAAAAACCAGACUAAUUCACCUUUUAAGUGUCAGGGUUCCAUAUCUUUUCCCCACUGCAUUUCUCUUUAUUUUUGUAAGCUAAGCAAAAGGUUGUUCUUGUUUCAGUAUCCAAAUAUGUAUAUUCCCAAACUACAUCUAUAACAAGCUUUCCAUCUUGUCAGGACAAUUAACAAGUUAGGCAAUGGUUUUCUAGAAAUACUUUAUGGAAUAUUUCAAACAUUCCAAUUUCUUACUGUAGAAUCUUGAAUGUCCUUGAAGGAGAAGACUUGCGUGCUGGUAAUGCAAAUCAUCAGUCAACUUUGUAGAGUAAAUGUGUAUAUAUUUAUGUCACUAUGGGUGAUGUAACCCCUUCCAGUAUGGAAAAGAUAUGUCCCAAAUUUAUAGAAUUCAUAGAAUUGAAUGAUUGUGACACAUUCUUUGAUACGCCAGUUUCUGUGUCCAUUCCUUUUUCUUCCCCAUAAAACAAUGUGAUGAGACAAAUUGAGGUCUACAAUAUGAUGCACAAGAAACCUCUGAUUCAAGCACUGUAGGAAAAAUUUUAGUUUUGAAGAUUGCGUUUGUUCGGAAGGUUGUAUUAAAUAUGCUGAUGGCUCAUUCCAGUUGAGGUGCCAACACUUUGCCGUGAUACAUUUAGCUAUAUUUUUCAAGAAUAACCAAAUGAUUAUUUGGUAGACCCACAGUUACUGGUCACACCUAUAUUUUGUAUUUGAUUUUCAGUCUUAUUUUAAUUCAGGAUUUUUUAAAAACUAGCUUUGUUUUUUUUUAAAAAGGAAGAUUUUUCUGAAAAUCUUCAACUAUGGUACCCUCAAGAUUUAGUUUGUUGUCUGGCUGAGAUCCAUUACUUCUGUUCCCCAUACAGUUUGGGUGAAAAUUAUAGAAAGUUGGCCACUGUUUUCCUAACACAUGUACAGACAGAGGCACGUAUAAGUAGUUGAACCAGAAGCCUAAAUGUUCAUUCCGCUAUUGUUGUGCCAUACUGAUGGUCCAUUAGUACUGUCGUCACUGUACUGGAUCAUAACUGGAGCCUGUACUGCUAAAGUGAAUCUUUCCCUGUUUUUGUUUUCCUCUGAAGCACUCAGCAACCUGCUUCUCUUCCAAGUUACUGACUUGCAGGUUGCAGCAUUUUGUUCAUACAUACAAUUAAAAAGAAUUGCAAACCUGGUGCAAAUGAAAACUCAAUUUAUGAGUAAAUUGAGAGGACAUAGUGUAUUAUAUGUCUUCAUUUUGUUGUCAAGAACUUUUUAUUGUACAGGUUGAAACUGUCCUGGUGCCAUCGGCUACAGCACAGAAACCAGAAAGUGAAUUGCCCUAUGUUUUCUUACAAGAAGCACUGUAGAAAUUAUAUUUUAAAAUCCUUGUUUGAUAUGCCUAGAAUCUGAAAAGUAGAUAAGAAAAGGUAUUUGUUUAUUCCUUAGCUGCUAUGUCCACAUUAAACAAGGGGACAUUCAAGGGAAUAUAUUUCUAAAACUUGAAAAAUACAUGUUUUUUUUGUUCAGUGUAGUUAUCAGUCAUGUAGUAUAAUCCUUUGCUUGCUAAUAGGAAGGAAGUCUCACAGAGUUUAGUGAGGUAAGUGUGCAUAGGAUUGUUAGUUUAAUAAGUAUGCAUAGGAUUGUUACUUUAAUAAUUGAUACAGUUUUGGAAAAAAUCAAAUUAAAAAUCUUCGCUAAAAUAACAUUUAAAGAAAUGUCACAUUAACACAGAUAUAUUUUAAGAGAAUUUCAAUGGGAUAGCAUAUGUCUGGCUUGCAGUGCUAAAUUGUUUUAGCUGAAGAUCCAGGUAAUGUCCGUCCUUUAACUGAGAGUAUAAGACAAGGGCUCAACUUACAUACUUUUAGAAUAUCAGUGUUUCAAAGUAAACAAACGUCUUCAUUCUUUAAAGCACCAUUUGUGCCUUUAGAGACAAGAUUGCAUUGCAUAUAGGAUGACUUCUGUGGUUAUCCUGUGCUUAAUGACAUUGUAUCUCCCAUCAGCUGAACAAUUACAUAAUAUUUGUGUUAAACAGAAAGAAUAUGAGUGCAGGAUCUUGACAGUCCUUGUGUAUUAGAAAAACCAGGAACUCUCAGUCAUAUAUGUCCUAACUAGUCUGAUUACUACAUACAGUUUCUUGGCACUUAACAAGUCUUUCAGGUUUUGGAUAUAUUAUUUGGUGUACCUUUUAGUGCUGUACAGAAUCUACAAAUAGAGUGAAUUACAAUAUUGCCCAGUAACACAGUUAAUUUUAAAAGUGCACUUGUUUCUUAUUUUAAAAGUUGGGGAAACUUCCCUGGUCACUUCUAUUCAUGGUGCUUAGUAUGUUGGCAUUGAAUGCCAACUUGAUUGUUCCAUUUAUUACCUACUGAAUAAUUAUCCCUUAAAAUCUCUGUGUGAUUUUUGUUGUUGCUUGUGUUUGGUUUGAUUUCCUGUAAGUCUUUGAAACCAAUAGUAGCAGUUACAGAACAAUCCACCAGCGUAACAUAAAAGAAAAAAAAAAACUCAUCAGCACUUCAAAAGAGAGGAGUUUCAAAGCCUUCUCUAAAUUGUAAAUUUUAUUUUGUGAAAAAUUUAUUAAGGGAGAAAUUAUUGUGUAAUUUAUUGAGUUCAUGACUUUUUUUAAAAAAAAUAAAAGUCUGAAUUGACCCAUGAA